UAUGUAAAAAAAUUAAUGUGGUUUUUUAUUUAAAAAAGACGAUCACUAUAAAACAUGGUAGCAUUUUCGCUGUGGCCAUCAGUUUUUUAAGAAGUGCCAUCCGAAGAGCACCCAAAAAUGAAGAGUUUCGUUGUUAUUUUGUCAGUUUUGGCAUGUACUUCGGCCACUAUUCUACCAUCAUCUCAUUUAUUACCCCCAGUGCAUGAAAUACACAAUAAUGAACCAUUUCGUCCAUCAUCACCAGAUUUUCAUGCAGCAUCUGUGAGCUCAGCACCACCGAAACAACAUAUUUUAUUGGAUGGUGAAACUGUUCCAAUUAGUGAGGAAACUACUAGAGCCAAUGUUCAAUUUGCUCCCGUUGCACCCGUUCAACACGCUGCACCGGUUCAACAUGCUGCCCCCGUUCAACACUUUGCACCCGUUCAACAUGCUGCCCCCGUUCAACACUUUACACCCGUUCAACAAGUUGCACCCGUUCAACAAGUUGCACCCGUUCAACAUGCUGCUCCCGUUGCACAUUUUGCUCCCCCUGUAGCCCAUGCUCCCCCCACUCAAGCUACAAUCCAAGUUAUUUCUUUCAAUAGACCAUCAUCAUCAUUAACACAUGGUCCACAAUACUUGCCACCACAACACUCAGCUCAAACCCACUCUGUUCAAGAGCCCGUUUACAAUGCUCCUCCACAAUCGCAAUAUCUUCCACCACAACAAAGUGCACAAAGCUUCAGUGCUCCAGUUAGUGAUGAAUCAGUUUCAGCCGUUGGUCCUUCUCAAGCUUCAAUUCAAGUUGUAACUUACAAUGCACAAGCAUCAGGAUCAGCGUCAGCAUCAACAUCAGCACAAGCUCCACAAGAAGAAUACUUGCCGCCACAGCAAUCAGCUCAAACCUACUCUGCUCAAGAGCCCGUUUACAGUGCUCCAGCCCCACCAUCGCAAUAUCUUCCACCGCAACAAAAUGCACCAAGCUUCAGUCAUGGCUUCAGUGCUCCAGUUAGUGACGAAUCAAAUUCUGCCGUUGGCCCUUCUCAAGCUUCAAUUCAAGUUGUAACUUACAAUGCACAAGCAUCAGGAUCUGCGUCAGCAUCAACAUCAGCACAAGCUCCACAAGCUCAAUACUUGCCAUCACAACAAGCCACCCCAAAUUAUUUUGUUCAGGAGCCAGUUUACAGUGCUCCAGCCCCACAACCUGAAUAUUUACCGCCUCAACAAAGUGCACCAAGUUUCAGUGCCCAAUUGAGUGAACCUGCACCGGCACCACAAGCACAAUACUUGCCACCACAACAAUCUGCUCAAACCUACUCUGUUCAAGAGCCCGUUUACAGUGCCCCGGCUCCUCAAGCACAAUACUUGCCACCACAGCAAUCGGCACAAACCUACUCUGCUCAAGAGCCCGUGUACAGUGCUCCAGCCCCACAAGCUCAGUAUCUUCCACCACAACAAAGUGCACCAAGUUUCACUGUUCACUUGAGUGAAGCGGCACCGGCACCACAAGCACAAUACUUGCCACCACAGCAAUCAGCUCAAACAUACUCAGCUCCUUCACUAUCAUUCUCACUUCCAUCAGCAGAUCCAGCUCCAAACUUCUCAGCUCCAUCACAAUCGCACUCCGUCCAAGAGGACGUUUACAGUCCCCCAGCUCCACAAGCUCAAUAUCUUCCACCGCAACAAAGUGCACCAAGUUUCAGUCAACCAAUUGAACAUGUUCCACAAGCCCAAUACUUGCCACCACAGCAAACAACUUCAACAUACUCUGUUCCAGAGCCACAACCACGAUAUUUGCCACCCCAACAAAGUGCACCAAGCUACAGUCCUCAAUUGAGUCAAGCACUUUCUGUUUCAGCACCGGCGGCUCCACAGGCUCAGUACUUGCCACCACAACAAAGCGCUCAAGUAUUCAGCGCUCCAAAGCCAAUCUAUGGUUCAAGCCAGUCUGUGUCAUCGGCUCCAGUUUCAACAACAAAAAUCAUCAAAAUCAUUCAAGAAGCCCAACAAUCACAAGCAUCUUUUGCACCAUCACACGGCCAAGUUAAAAUCAUUAAAGUGAUCAAUAACGGUCCAUCAUACAGCAGUGGCUCAUCAUACAGCGGCGGAUAUUCACACAGUAGCACAUCCCACAAUAGUGAACAUUCACAUGUAACUGUAUCAGCACCAGUCAAAGUAAUUAAAGUCAUUAAAGACACAUCCUCACACUCUGGUUCAUCGUUCGUUGGUUCAUCGCACAGUGAUCACCAAUCAUACGGCGCUGCAUCGCAUGCAUCGUCAGCUCCAGUCAGAGUAAUCAAAUUGAUAAAAGAUAAUGGACCAUCAUACGAUGCCGGUCAUUCCUCACAUAGCAGCCAUCAAUCACAUGGUGGCCCAUCACAAACUAUUAAAUUCAUCAAAUUCAUCAAAUCCGAUCCAGACUCACAAGGAUGGUAAACGAGAACAAAAAAAAACUCAUUGCACUUAAUGAACUAAUCGAUUGUUUGAGACAAUUUUAAUUUAAAAUAAAAUGUUGUACAUUUUAUAAAUGUUAAA